UUUGUGAUUAAUAACGAAAACACUACGAAUACAUUCGACCGUAAUGACCCUUUGUUGGUUAACACUGAAAAUUUCACAGACUCGUCUGACUUCAACGAAAAUUUUACGAAUCCGCUUGGUUUCAACACAAGUUCUAUGUUUAACAAUAAAAGCUUCACAGAUUCAUCUGACUUCAACGAAACUUUUAUAAAUCCGAUUGGUUUCAACACAAGUUCUGUGUUUAACAAUGAAAGCUUCACAGAUUCAUCUGACUUCAACGAAAAUUUUACGAAUCCGCUUGGUUUCAACACAAGUCCUAUGUUUAACAAUGAAAGCUUCACAGAUUCAUCUGACUUCAACGAAACUUUUAUAAAUCCGAUUGGUUUCAACACAAGUUCUGUGUUUAACAAUGAAAGCUUCACGGACUCGUCUGAUUUAAAUGAACCUUCUGUGUUGAAUAGAGAAAAUGUCACACAGUCGUCUAUCUUCAAUGAAACUUUUGUGUAUAAUAGUGACAACUUUACGGCCUCUCACGACAUCAGUGAAACUACUGUGUAUAAUAGUGACAACUUUAAGGCUUCUCCUGACUCCAGUGAAACUUCUGUACUUAACGAUGAAAAUUCCACGGCCUCUCCUGACUUAAAUGAAACUACUGUGUUUAAUAGUGACAACUUUACGGCCUCUCCCGACUUCAAUGAAACUACUGUGUUUAACAAUGAAAACUUUACGGCCUCUCCCGACCUCAAUGAAACUACUGUGUUUAACAAUGAAAACUUUACGGCCUCUCCCGACUUCAAUGAAACUACUGUGUUUAACAAUGAAAACUUUACGGCCUCUCCCGACUUUAAUGAAACUACUAUGUUUAACAAUGAAAACUUUACGGCCUCUCCCGACUUCAAUGAAACUACAGUGUUUAACAAUGAAAACUUUACGGCCUCUCCCGACUUCAAUGAAACCACUGUGUUUAACAAUGAAAACUUUACUGGCUUUAACGAAUCUGUUCCGUUAAAUAGUGGAAACUUAACAAGUUCACUUGAUUUCAAUAGAACAUUUGUCUUUGACAAUGUAAGUUUCACAUAUCCAUCAAACUUGAAUGAUACUCUUGUGUCAAACACCGAAAAUUCCACCGAUUUAUUCGUUUUAUCUGAACAAAACUUAACUACACCAGAACUUCUCGGAGAACGGUGGUCUAAUUUUUCCGUGGGUAUGCCCGAUGAUCUCAUCAUGGCAAUAUUGAAUGGAUCCUUAGUUCUGGGAGAAUGGAACUCCACAUGGAACGAAACGAUGGGCAACAGAACUGGGAAAGAACAAGGGUGUGAAAUUGGGGAGUUCACGUGUAACGGAGAGAAGGAAUGCCGAAGUGUUACCAACAUAUGUGACGGUUUUGUUGACUGUAUGGACGGAUCAGACGAAAGCACUUGUGAGGACAGCUGUGGGUCCAAUUUCCGUUGUGACAAUUUCACCUGCAUUAGUAAAAUCGCUCAGUGUGAUGGUAUUUGGGACUGUGUCAAUGGCACCGAUGAGACUGAUUGUGUUCCAAACGAAUGUGGACAACAUGAAGUUAUGUGCCUAGAUGGCAGCACGUGUAUCAAACCCCUGGAUAUCUGUGACGGCAAUUACAACUGUCAUGACAGAAGUGAUGAAGUUGGAUGUGUUGAUCGGACAACAUGUGACCAGAGGGGAAGAUUUUUCUGUUCUGAUGGAUUGUGUAUCCCAUCGUCUUUAAAGUGUGAUGGAAGUCAUGAUUGUAAAAAUGGAGAGGAUGAAGCCAACUGUACCUGUGCCAACAAUGAGUUCCAUUGCAUGGAUGGCUACUGUGUUCCUGGUUUUGCAAGAUGUGAUGGGCAUCAAGACUGCAACGAUGGAAGUGAUGAAAUUGAGUGUUUACGAGUUGAUGCAAAUGGAGUUGUCCAAGUGUAUAAUACUAUAGCUGAAGACUGGGCAUUGGUUUGUGGUGUAAAGUGGACUUUACAAGAUGGUCAUCACCUCUGCCAAGAGCUGGGUUUCAGUGUUGCUAAAAUGGUGGAUACAAGGCUCGUGAUUACAAACAAUACAACAUGGGCUUUCCACGAAAACUCUAAUCAUACUCUCUGGACGUAUGGAUUAAAAUUUAACCCUACCUGUGAAGGCAAUAGGACUGCUGUUGUCAACUGUCUUCGUUUCAACUGUUCGGCUCUCCCUGGUCCUUUGUAUCGGAAAAAGCGUGUAGUUGACGGCCAGCCGUCGCUGCCCGAACAAUGGCCAUCCCUAGCCAUGGUACAAAACAUAUACACUGGGAAGACUUGUCAUGCAGAAAUCAUUUCACCUGUAUGGUUAGUGACGUCGGCAGAUUGUGUUCAACAGCCACCAGAGAAUGGUUCUGAUUGGAUAGUUUACACCAGUCUUGAAAAGAUACGAGGUGGAGUGGAGGAAUUCCAACGGAAAAGAGAGAUUCGAAGAAUAGUUAUUCAUCCUCAUUCGUCUAAGUUCCGCUCGGCUUUCCUGCGAGAUUACGACGUAGCAUUGGUUCAACUUGCUGUACCUCUACAAUUUGAUCAGCACAUUGGUGCCAUCUGCCUGCCAGAGGAAGAAGUUAGGCCUGGUAUUGCUUGCUUCUCUGGAGCUUUUGGCAGCACUGAACCAAGAGUGCCUCGGCCUGAACUUACCACCAUCAGUUACCUUGCCCUUGUAGUUCUGGACAGGGACGAGUGUAACAAAGAUCAACACUACGGAGGAUCUGUGAACUCUAGAAUGCUGUGUACUAGGACCAGUGAGUCUCGCAGAGGUUUAUGUGAUAAUGAUGAGGGAGCACCACUGAUGUGUUUGUCAACCAAAGGCACCUGGCAUCUUGGAGGUGUACUGACAUACCAGCGAUGGUGUAACAUCUACCAACAACAGCCAGCAAUCUUUGCUAACAUUUUUUCUAUGCGUGAAUACAUUGAGAAAAUUAUUGGCUCUAAGAACUACUGGGUUCCUUAUGAUUCCAAGAUGUAUUCUUUUAUGACAACGACAGAGGCUCCUAAAACAACACAAGUCAUCAUUGAAACAACAACAACAAUGACACCAACUAUUCCAGAGGAUGAAGAGAAUGAAACCAGUCUUCUGCCAUCUGAAAAAAUGAUAGAUGGAAACCACACAAUAAUGAUGCUCUUAGAUCAAAAAGAUCAGUUGUAUCUCAAUAACACAGUUUUUUCACAGGAAACAAAUAGAACUGAAAGUAAAAUAGAUAGUGACGAUGUUGCUUCGGAAAAUAGAGGAGACGUUGAACAAGGAUAUGCCUUUUCUUCUUUUAAUGAAGAAGAAAUUAAUGAUACAAAGAAACAAGAAUUACAGAACUAUGUGCUUAUACCAUUAUUUAAUUCAACUGACGAAAAUGAUACAAACUCAAGUGAUUUUAUUGAUACUGAUGCCAUCAAACCAAACACGCAGUCAUCCACAGCGUUACCCAGCUCUUCUAAUUCACCUGUAAUUGGCCGACCUUUAAUACUGCCAACACCUAAAGAAAUUCCAAGGGUAACAAGUACACUAGCUCCUGAGGAGCAAAUAGACAAUCACACAAUGCUAACCACAAUUGACUUGGAAAAUGUUACUGAAGAAUUAAGAAACCAAUCAUUAUUAACCACAAUUGUUUUGGAAGACAGAACAGAAGACAACAAUGGAAGUGACACACUUUUAAAAUCAUGGAAAGAAAUCACUGAUGAUGAUGGAGAAAUUCUUAGGGAUGGUACAUGGAUCCCUGAAGGUAGACAGGUAGAACAACAAACAGAGGUAGAUAAUAUUGAUGGAAGUAUCACAGGUGUGGCUGAUACAACUCGGGCUACUGUUAGUGGUGAUGUUGUUGGAAGUGGUACUGAGAAUGUUACUGGUACGAGUAGAGAAUCAGAGAUUUUCACAGAUACUGGUCUUAUCACAACGAUGACAUCAUCCAAUGAUAACUUGACUUCAGAUAAUGAAAAACUUGGGUUUUCAGCAAUAGCAGGUCAACUUGAUGCUGCUUUAACAAGCAUAGCUGUUGAAGACACUGUUCCAACUUCUGAUAAGAUGCUCAAUCAUAUAAACAAGUCAGAAUAUUUCCAACUUUUGGCUGCAAAUAAAACAAGUAUACAUAAAAAUGAACAUCUUCCAUAUAGUAAUAAACCAAUGCAUAAAUACUCCAAAGAAAUGUCUAUUCCAUUAAGCAUACCUGAUAGUAGUGUUUCAAAUUGGAUAAGAUUGGGAACGUAUCCAAAGACAGAGAUGAUUUUGAACACCACAUCUGUUCCGGUGAAAUCAGAAUCUGAGUUACUGUCUGGUAAUAGCAGUUCUGUUACCGAGUCUGUCCAAUGGUGGAGUAAUCAGACUCACCUUAAUUCUGAAUCUCCUCAAGAAUUUCAAAUAACCACCGGUGCUGGUCACACCGGACACAAGCUUAUCAUGGAAAGUUUGCUAGUAACAACAGAUAAUAACACAGGUGAUAACACCUUAUCAACUACUGAAAACCUGCAGAAAAAAUUUGUAACCAAUAAAAUAACUAAUAUUGACAGUAUAUCAUAUUUAGAUGAUGCAACUGUGGAUUCUCUUGGUGCAAAAGAAGUACAACAGUUUGAUCCUGUUAAUAAAGAGCUUGAAACCAUUAAAAUUGGCACCUCCUCUUUAGUCACCAAAAACACUUCAGACACAAUCCAAAGUAAGGCAACAUUGCUGCAGAAACAUUUAAACCCUCAAGUCAUAAAUAACAUGGAAAAUCCAGAAUAUAUUGACCAAGAGAAGGAAUCAUUGAUUACAAGCCACAAUGAUGAUGAGUUGGGCAUUCCGUUAUCCACAGAAGAAGCUGGUAGCAGCGCGGAUGAUGCAAACAGAAUGAAGCAACAAAAUGAAAAAGGAAACAUAUCCAUGUUUCAUAAUGACAACGAAGAAAAAGUAAAUGCAAGUGAAUUAGAAAUAAAUGAAUUUCAAAAACUAAAAAAUUCAACUGUCAUUGAAAAACCAGAUGUAAUUGUUAGCUCAUCCACAGAAAAAAUUGUAUUAAAAACAGAAGAAAUUGGAACCAAACUUACCAACAAAGUUACUGAACAAACACAAGAUCAACCACAACUAGAGGACUCGAGCAAGACCAAACUCGGUAUAGAAAGUGUGGAAAUAAAGGAUAUCGUAGUUUCAUCCAGUACUUCACCAAAACCAACAGAUGUAGAAAACUUAGCGGAGAAACUUUCUGGGGUGGAAAAUGAGAGGCUUCACAAUUACACUUUAAUCAAAAGCUCCUCAUCCCUGGAACUCUGUAAACCUGCGGAGUUCCACUGUGCUAAUGUUAGUACUCCUUUCCGUGCUUGUGUGCCAUUAAGUCAACGUUGUGACUCUGUUAUAAACUGUGCUGAUGGAAGCGAUGAAGAAGAUUGUGAAAAUGGUUGCCAAAGAAACUAUCAGUGUGAGAAUGGAAAGUGUUUAGCAAGGCAUCAAGUUUGUGAUCGAGUGAAAGAUUGUAGUAACAGUGAAGAUGAAGCUAAUUGUGAUUUGUGGAAGUGCCAGAAUAACGAGUUUGUAUGUGGUAAUGGUCAAUGUAUUCCUGAGGAUUGGCACUGUGAUGGUGUGGACAACUGUGGAGACCAUACUGAUGAAGUUGGUUGUGCAACAACAUGCUCAGAACAGCAGUUCCUCUGUCCAGAAGGUUGGUGUUUACCAGAAACAUGGAAAUGUAAUGGAGUUUUGGAUUGUUAUGGAGGAGAAGAUGAAAGAGGUUGUGAUUGUGAUGACAAAGAGUUUAAAUGCCAAAGUGGGGGAUGUAUUCAACAACGAAAAGUUUGUGAUAGAAAUAAUGAUUGUCCUGAUUCCAGUGAUGAACUCUACUGUAUGAGACUUCAUAACGACUCCAUGCUAUUAGAGAUAUUUGACUCAGAACACGGAUGGACAAACGUCUGUGCAGAUGAUUGGGAUGAGCAACACAGUAAUAGUGUGUGUCAAAAUCUCGGCUACAGUGAAGCAGUUCUUACGGAAUAUCCACCUGGUGAUGACAUUAAUCCUGAAGCCAGUAGAGGUCUCUAUCAUUUAUUUGAGAAAACAUCUAGCAAUAAUACAAGAGACAUCUGGGAAUUACUGUCGUUAAGGAAAGACGCCACCUGUCAAAGUGGAAGUAGGGUUGCAAUUGCAUGUCGAAAAUUUCAAUGUGGUGCAUGGAGUCUGGCGGGAGAGCUCCAAGGAAGAAUUAUUGGAGGCAGCAGUGCUCCGGAUGGACAAUGGCCAUCUGUAGGCUUAGUUGUAAACAAAAAUAACAACUACACAGUUUGUACAGUUAGUGUUCUUUCUCCACGGUGGUUGGUCACAUCUGCUUCUUGUAUUAAACACAGCAACCAUUCUGUCUGGGAAUUUGUUGGAAGUAUGCAUUUAACUAGUCCAGAUAAGCAGAACUACCUGGUGAGAAGAACUGUCUUUCAUCCGAAUUUUAAACACAGUGGCUCUUUUAGUAAUUUUGACAUUGUUUUACUUGAACUUAAAGCUGCUAUACCAUUUGAUCGCUACACUGGUGCUAUAUGUUUGCCAGAAAAGAACAUUCAACCACGUCAGCUCUGUGUAAGUGCGGACUGGAAUCAGGAACAAAACCAAGGGUCACCACCACAUAUGUAUCUCCAGUAUCUACCAAUUCCUACUAUGGCAGCUGAUGAAUGCAAUGGAUCCAGACAUUAUAAUGGUCAGCUACCGGAUACUUCCAUAUGUGCUGGUUUUAUUGAUAGAGAAGAAUCAGUAUGUCAGGAAAAUUCUGGUGCCCCUGUGAUGUGCAUUAAUGACGAUGACCGCUGGGAACUUCAUGGUACCCUUACUUCAUAUAGAAACUGUGGUCACUCUGGUCAUCCUGCAAUCUACACGAGCGUUUCUGCUAUGUCCACGUGGAUUAAGUCUGUUAUUGGCAAUUGUGUGUCUUCUGACCUCUAGCCAGGACAUUCAGCUGCUGGCCAGCACAGUGAUUCAAACUUAGUAUUUUAAACUAAUAAAGUGGUCAGUUCAAUUGAAAAUGAUAUGUCAGAAUUGUUGAGUGUUAGUGUGAAUCAUACGGUGUAACAUGGUGAAGAUUAGGAUGUGUCAUUAAAUUGUCAACAGUUUUCUCCAACAUGAUGGACUAAGAAUUCUCCAAUAGAAGGCCAAAAACUAGCCUAAUGUGUCAACAAUAUUUUGAUAUGUAAAAUGUUUUUAUUAACCAACAACAUUUAACAGGUCACCCUUACAUAACUGAAGACCAGAAGAAUGUAAUUUUACAAAGAGGGAGCUUUGUUUAUUUUGAAGUUUAAGAAUUAGUCAGUAGGUUAUAUUUAGUGUCUUGUCUUUCUUAAAACAAGAGUUACUUCUUCAGUUGUGCAUCAGUUUUCUUGAUUUUUUUUUUGUAUCCAUUUGAUUGAUAUUCAAUGCACUCGAUUUGACACCAGAGAGUAGUAUCUAAGAUCGAAGCUUUAUGUUCUUCAGUUGAGAAAUGUAUUCAACUAUUCCUAUACAAUGCUGUGUUUUUCAUUGUGGAUCUUUUGAUAUUCAGGUUGUGAUAUUAAACUUGAGCUCAAGGAUAAUCUAGCCAGGUGCGCUUUAAAUGUGAUGAUAUAUAGGCAAAGUUUACAGUUUAAUAUCCAAGAGUUUAAAUUAGAACUGUCUAUUAAUAAAAAAAUAAAUAAAAACCUCAACACUGAUUAAACAUUGAAACAUUUAAUAUACCUUAAAAAUAGAUAAACACAGAUUUCCAGAGAGUAACCUUUAAAUUAACACUACAUAUUAGAAGUUUUCGUUUAAAUAAUUGUACUUGAUUAGUUGUCGCAUUUAAAAUAAGCAGAAAAUGUUAAGCUAGGAACAUUUUUAUAUUACCACACGUGUUUACGUGAAUAGCAAUAAAGUUUAUGUUGCUAAGUCGUUACCAUUAAUUGGCUUUUUGUUUUAUUUAAUAUGAAAUAACUAAGCAGAAACCAAAACUUGUGCGAGUAAAUUGUGACAAAUACAGUGUGUGUGUAAACAUUUACUGGGAAAAGAGAAGACACAAAAGCUUACAAGACAAUAAAAAAACUUAUUUGCUUUAGCCAAAAUAGUUAUUCACACUUUCAGACAAAAUCUCACAAGUAAUUAAGUAUUCUUGUAGAUUACUGUUUUAAUAGAUUUUUAAAAAUACCCCAAGUAAGCUCCAGAUGAAAUCUUAACUACCACAGUUACGUCCAUCUAGUAUUGAAUCACAAAAACUAGCAGAGUGGCUGAUUUCUGUGGAUUUUUGGUUUUGUAUAUAGGUCCUAUGUGCCAGAAACUUCUGUGUGAUACCAUGAAAUCUAAGUCACAAACCGGUGAGGAAUGCAAUCUCUUUACGAUCUAUUUUGUUUUUUUUUUCAAUUCAGACAGUUCUUUGACACACUCGUACUGUAUAUUGAUCUAAACGCUAAGAAUACAACACAUCUGUUCUGCGUCUUCCCUGUUUUAUGUACAUACAGAUAGGUAGUUGUCUUUUGCUAUGUUCUACUUCAAAUGAGAACGAUGAGAACUGAACAGUCUAUAUGGAAUAUUUUCACUCUAGAAAUGUAAUAUUUCAACCACUGAUUGCCAUUUCUAUUUUUAUAUAUAUUGUGACUGAUAAAACUGGAGCUAAUCUUUAUGUUUGUUUUACUGACAAAGUAAGUACUAACUAAAAUGUGUACUGAUGAUUUAUUUUCUUUUGGAGAUGAUUGAUAAUAAUAUGGGCUUUGGUACUUUUUAAGUAAAGAAUCUUGUAAUUUGUUUCACUAGCCUGCGAUUAAGCAGGCCUUUUGAGUUAAAACUGUGUAGUUUUUUUGCUUAGAAACUAUCUUAUUUAUAAAAACUAAAUUUUCCACAAUUUGCUGUUUCUGCUAAGCUUGAGUUUUUGAUUUUUUUUUUUGAAAUGAAAUGAAUUGUAAUAAAUAUUUAAACUGAC